AUGUCUUCUUCAUUGUGUGGUUUGAGUGUGGUCAGAGAGAAUCACUACCAGCAAGAACUCAAAGUCCAUGUUGAAGUGCUCAAAUCGUAUUGGAACCGUUGUCUUACUAAAUCAAAUCAAAACAUUUGUGAUGCGUUUGAAAUUUCAUCCUACGUCUUAUUGAUAGCUGAACUUUUGAAGAAAGAAAAGUUCAUUACAAGGUUGGAGGAGGGGUCGGAAAUUCAUGUUCUCUUUGAAACAGCAAUUGAAAUGGAGCUAUUCGAUAACAUGUGCAAAUUACUGAGACGAUUUCAUGGCAACAACUUGGAAUUACUAAAGGAAUCCUAUCUCCAUUUUUAUGAUAUACUCAUUUCGCGUCCGUUCCGACAUUUAUUUCUAAAGGAAAGGGUAAUCUUGUCUAACACCGGACAUGUUAUGUCGAACCGUAUGGUGAAAGAGAACAUGCUAAGCUGUCUCUACAAGGGUUUCCUUUUGCCAGUACUAGUUCCGGCAAUUCAAUCGACAUCGGAGGCCGAAGUGGCAACAACUACUGUAUAUUUUGACCGCAUUCUGUGGAAGUCAAGAGGGAGUAUUCUACUCCCUUUCUUAUUGCGCUUUCUCUUCUCCGAACGAAACGCACUUCAUUCUGACAUUCUAGCUCCCCAUACCUUUAAUCGCGAUGUGAUUGAAGCUCUGGAACAAUCGUUUCCACUCUCUGAGACCUCAUUUUAUUGCAAGACAAGCAUGCUGCUAAGUACCACGAACGCCACCUACAUGGACGUGCUGCUAAAGCGCAUUCAAUGCUGCAACUCAUUGGUUGGCGUUGCAACUCUUUCUCUGUUAAACACUAUUGUUGAUCUCCUAUGCGAGGAUGUUAUCUUCGAGCUUGCUUUGAAUUUCCCUUAUGUAUCUAUCGUCGGUUUCAUGGCAGGUGUAGUAAUUAUCCUUAAAAAUUUAAACGAAAUAAUAUUUUUGUUUAACAGGCACCUUCUUUUGGGGACACAACCACCGCUAAACAAAACAGUUACGAACCCGUCUACCUUUUUUGCGUCCGCAGGUCAGUAUUUGGCUCUCAUUCCGCCAUACUCUUCCUUUUCUAUUAGUCGCCCCAAUGAGAGCAUUUCUUCCCUGGAAGGGGGUAGGUGGAGCAGUGGUCUAAACGGUGAUCUCUCUUCUUUCCACAUCAAUGAGGCUCUUUUGGCACAGUUGGAGAUGGAAACAGAGACAGGAGUGAAUAGUGGGAUGAGAGAAUUGCGAAGAUGGCCUAAGAGGAUGUCUAUUCGCCUCUGGGAGGCCCGAAAACUCAUUGGAGAACGCAAGGCCGCCUGUGGUGACUGGCGUUUUUCAUACGAUCUCGGAAAUCCAUCGUCGUCAAUGGCGUUGAGUGCUCACAUGGACGCGAACCCUCUGACACCCUUGCCUCAGGAGGGCCUCCAAGUUUCAGACGACGUAUUGGAGGGUCCCACUGGCGAAAUUGCUGAUAAGUUGUCGGCAAACAGUGAUCGGAAUCAGUGGGAACUGGAUGGGCUUAAUCAGGUAGUGAGCGAGGAAGAUAGCAUUUUGGCCGACCUGGAGCGUUUUAGCGCUCUCCUGCGCGAACCUUCGUGUUCCGCCUAUAGGCCCAAGCCGACGCGUACCACAAAGGCUGCCUUCAAGUUGCGAUGCCAUCACGAGGUAGCGCCUGAUCCCGAGGAUAUUAAACGCACCUCUUCCCUGUACAACAUCACCUUCGUAGAGAUGGACCCCGACGAAGUGACCGAAAGUGCUGACGUCGAUAUUCCUCCCGCAGCAGAAAUGUUUGGUCGAAUGACUCAGUCGGUGAUGAGCCAUCGAGUCUCCGGAUCGUCAUCAUCUUCAGCGACAUCGAGAUCCGUAGAGAUGAGCCUCACCGAGCCGUCAGAACAGUUUCCGACGGGGGUGGAAGAGAUCGCUGGUGGUGUCCCCGAUUUAAUGCGAUAUCUUGACCAGCUUCCAGGUGGGGAUUCUAUUGAUGUCAAAUCGGUGGAGGCGAGAUUUUCGGCCUGUAUAUCCCAAUUUGAUGUACAGAAGAGGGAUGAUGAGAAUAAAGUGGGAAAUUCUGUAAAGGUAGUUGAUUCAGGAUUCUCUAGUACUGAGCCCGCUUUAAUGAAGACUUCAACUGCGAUCGAAAGGUCUUCGCUUCAAUCGACUCCCUUCUAUCUGGGUCCGCUCUUGACCCCCCUGAUACAGCUGAUCUCGCGAAUGCCCAUGAAUCAUCUCUAUGCCAAUCUUCAGGUGACUCGGCUGGUCACCCACCUGUUGGCAUUGCCGCUUCCUCUCGUGCGUCUACAACUACUCCCUCUGACCGCACAGGAAGUCACAAGCCUUGACGGCCAGUGGCUAUAUACGACUCUGAUGGCUGUGCGACAGUGGUUUGACUGCUUUAUCAACCUACACUCCUCUUCUGGCUUCAGUGCAGCUUCCAGUAGUGAGGUUUCCUUUGGUAGUUUCCUUGACGCUCUCAGAGUGGUGGUCUUUCAACCUCCAAAGUGUCCAGUUCAUGAUUCAUAUGUGUCCGAUGCAUCUACCACCCAGUCACCGAAACGCAUGUUUCGGUUGCUUUCACGUCUUCGCUUUAAUACCUCCUCCUCCUCCUCCUCCUCACCUACUCCUUCGUCCCCAAAAGCCAAAUCAGCAGUUGGUGGAAGGACGGAAUCUACUGACUGGCGAACCCAAGCUAUAGAACGCUUGAGUGGAGUCGUGUGUGGUGAGGCAUCUGCCACAGGCCCCCUUAAGGUUGUUAAGGACGCAAAAUCACGACGCGUUUUAAUGGCUCUCUUUGUAUUUGAGGAAUUCUGUCGGGAGUUGGCCGCCCUCUGUCUAGAACAUAGUGUUUCUCUCUAG